CCAAUUCCCUCGCAACUUGACCUCCUCUCGUCAGUCGCAAUCCAGCAAUGCAAUAUCCACCUCUGUCAUGAGCGACCUGCUAAAGUCUCGCUGGGCUCCCAGCCCAAGCGAGCUUCAAGCCCAAGCCGCCGCUCCCUCCACAGCCCGGCCAAAACUCCCCCCCAAAACCAACACCAAACGCACACCAUCCCCCGUCAAGCAACCCUCUCGUCAAUCCUCCCCGCGCCCCUCCCCCUCCAACCAUCUCUCCCGCUUCAUGAAAAUCAUCGAGCGAUUAAAAUGGAAACUGCCCUACCUAGCCUACGGCUACCGCCUCGCGACCCUCGACCCUGCCACCAGCGACUUCGACGUCUCCCACGCCGAGAUCAUGUUCAAGCUCGAUUUCCACGAAUACUACUCCCUCCUCGAGCGCGCAAUUGUUCACCUCCUCAGCGUCUUCGGUAUCUCUGUGUCUUCUGCUUUCGCGCGCAAUCAUCUCGCCGCGUACGACUCCACUCCGCUCUCGACCCACCGAUACCAUGCGAAUGUGUUGGAAGCGCUGCAGGAUGAGAACAGUCCCCUGCAUGCUGUGCUGGGACAGGGCGAGGUCCAUGAACAAUUGCAGCGGGCGAAGGAGUUGCGGAAUCGUUGGAAGACGGCAGAUCUGACCAAGGAAGAACUGGAGAGGGAGGAUAAGUGGGCUGCGAGGCGGAAGGGGAAGGCUAUGCCGCUGGCGAGCUAUGAUAUCGAGAAGAUCCUCUCGGAUAUUUUCCAGGGGUUCGAUGAUGCGUAUUUAAUUGCGCACGAGCAUGUGGUUGCGUGUGACGGGGCGGUUAAGAUGGAUGUUGCAUUGCAUGGAGAGUCGGAUGCAGACUGGGAUUUCAUUGUCGGUGCAAUGGAUUGGGAGGCUGUUUGAGCGGUCGGUGUGGCUGUCUGUUAUUGUUAGCGAUGUUUCGGGUUAGAAUUGCAUGGUCAGAGUUUUGGUUUUGGGGCUAUCUGUUUCUCCCCUUACUGUUUUGGCUGCAUCGCAGGUGGGGUUUUGUAUAGUGGACUGGUGGGAGUGAUAAUUGAUGGAUGUACAGGCUAGAUUGUUCUUAGAUGCAUGUUAUUGUUAGCUCUUUUGGAAUAGGUAUCAUUAUACCCCACGACUUAUGCAAUAAUUUAACGUCCCGC